CCGGUGGGGAUCGGGCCCCGUGAUCCUGCAGGGCUUUGCCACCCUCAGCGAUCCUGGGACUCUGUGCUUUAAAAACAACAUCUGUCCUGAGCAUCUCCGACAUUAGCAAAACUUACUGGUUCUGCUGCACUUCCUUGGUGAACAAUGAAGGUUCUGCUGCUGAAGGAUCCCAAAGACAAAGAUUCAGGACCAGAUCCAUAUAUUAAAGAAUUAGGAUCAUACAGCUUGGAAGCAACAUUGAUCCCAGUUUUGUCAUUUGAAUUCACCUCUCUUGACAGCUUAUUUGAGAAGCUUUCCCAUCCAGAGUGCUAUGGAGGCCUAGUUUUUACCAGCCCAAGAGCAUUAGAAGCCAUCAAGAUAUGUUUAAAAGAGAAGAGUAAAAAAGAAGCCUGGUCAAAAUCUCUUAAACAAAUGUGGAAUAUCAAACCAACAUAUGUGGUAGGAAAAGCUACAGCUUCUUUAGUGGAAGAAAUUGGUCUGAUUCCACAAGGAGAAAAGGCUGGAAAUGCUGAGAAAUUAGCUGAAUAUAUUUGUUCAAGAGAGAAACCCAAUUCCUCAGCUCUCCUAUUUCCUUGUGGAGCCCUGAAAAGAGAAGUGCUUCCUACAGUGCUUAGAGAAAAAGGCAUACCCCUGGAGAGCCUCACUGUUUAUCAGACCACCCAACACCCUGAUCUGCAGGAAUCUCUGAGCAGUUACUUCUCCCAACAGGGGAUCCCUGCGAGCGUCGCCUUCUUCAGCCCAUCCGGUGUCAAAUUCUGCCUCCAGCACAUCCAGAAGCUUUCAGGGGAUUUGAUCAACCAAGUCAAGUUCACUGCCAUCGGCCCCAGCACAGCGGAGGCGCUGCAGGGCGCGGGGAUCGCCGUCAGCUGCACUGCAGGGAGCCCCACACCCCAGGACCUGGCUGCUGCCAUCCACACAGCCCUGCACCCACACAACUACUCUGUGCCCCACUGA